UUCUAUUCUCAGAGAAAUGUGCACACAGACGUGUGUGUAUAUGUUUCUGUAUGUAUACAUUAGUUAAUUUCCCUCCCUCCUCCCCUCUCAUGCCUGUCUGAAUCUCCUCUCCCCUUGUUUCUCCGCCAUUCUCUCCUCCUCUUUCUCUCUCUACAAAUCGCCUCCAACACUUUCUCUCUCCACAAAAUCUAUACAUCUCUCUCUCUCUCUCAAAUGGAGGACGCUGCUCCCGAACAUUGUUCCCACACUUCUCAAUCCGAUGAUGUUCGAGUCUAUUGCGUUCCCUACAGGUGGUGGAAGGAAGCUGAAGAAUCUACGCCGGGAACUGUAUCAGAUUGGGAGGGAGGGAUAUUAUAUACUGCAUCACCGACCUCGUCAGGGCCGAUGAAAAUCAUCAACAGCAUAUUCAGUUCAGAUAUCGUUUUUAAUCUCAGGAGAGAGGAUAAUACUUCGCAGGAUACUCAGAAUGGUGAGGUCGGAAUUUCAGGCCGCGACUAUGCACUAAUACCCGCAGAGAUGUGGUUGCAGGCGCUCAAAUGGCACAGCAACUCUAAAGCUGCAUCAAAGAAUGGCAGAACCUUUUUGGCUUGUGAAGAUGAUAUGAGUGAUAUCUAUCCUUUACAACUUAGGCUUUCUACUCCAAGUGAAGACAAUAUAUUGGGCGUAAGAAUAAGCAAGAAGGAUAAUGCAGCAGAGUGUUUUAGAAGGGCCUGCAAGAUUUUCAGUAUUCAGUCGGAGAUUUUACGUAUUUGGGAUUUUUCUGGGCAAACAACUCAAUACUUUUUGAACAAAGAAGAAAAAGGAACUCUAUACUCCCAACUGCAGGUGGAGGAGGAUAUUCUUUUAAAGCUGCAAGUUUAUGGUUUAUCAGAUAUUAACGGAAUAAAAAAGGAUGAGAUGACAGCACAACAUCCUAAUGCAACUUCACCUAUGAUGAGCAGUGUUUCUGGAAAGUUCACCUCAAAUUAUAUCCAAAGUAGAUUGCCAACUUUUAGUGGAAACGCUUGUGAGGCUGGUUCUUUGGGCUUGACCGGAUUACAGAAUUUAGGGAACACUUGCUUUAUGAAUAGUGCACUUCAGUGCUUGGGACACACACCAAAGCUUGUUGACUACUUUCUUGGAGAUUACAGGCGGGAAAUAAAUUAUGUGAAUCCACUGGGCAUGAAUGGUGAAAUUGCUUCCGCUUUUGGAGAGUUGCUGAAGCAGUUAUGGGCUCCCGGAGCAACCCCAGUGGCACCAAGAGCAUUUAAGUCGAAGCUUGCUCAUUUUGCUCCCCAGUUUAGUGGUUUUAAUCAGCAUGAUUCUCAAGAACUCCUUGCUUUUUUAUUAGAUGGACUUCAUGAAGAUGUAAAUCGCGUGAAAAAAAAACCAUAUGCUGAACUCAAAGAUUCAGAUGGUCGACCAGAUGAAGAAGUAGCAGACGAAUACUGGAAGAAUCAUUUGGCUCGGAAUGACUCUAUUAUUGUCGAUUUAUGCCAAGGGCAGUAUAGAUCGACACUAGUGUGUCCUCAUUGUCGGAAGUCUUCGAUCACGUUUGAUCCAUUUAUGUAUGUUUCGUUGCCGUUACCUUCAACAUCAAUACGAACAAUGACAGUGACAGUUAUGACUACAGAUGGAAAUUCUCAGCAGUCUUCCGUAACUAUCACUGUUCCUAAGAGUGGGAGAUUGGAAGAUCUUAAUCAGGCCCUAGGAAGUUCAUGUUCAAUAGGAGUUAAUGAAACCCUUUUGGUGGUGGAGGUUUACAACAAUAAGAUUAUUCGUUAUUUAGAGGAUCCUUCUGAUUCUUUAUCUUUAAUUAGAGAUGAGGAUCGAUUAGUUGCUUAUCGAUUACCAAAAGAUUUUGGGAAAUUGCCUCUCGUGGUGUUUAUGCAUCAGCAGAUGGAAGAGAAGAAUUUUCUUGGCAAGAAGACAACAAGUUGGAAAGCAUUUGGAAUUCCCCUUUUAGCAAGUUGUAACAUUGCAAAUGGAUCUGAUAUCCGUGCUUUGUAUUUGAAGUUGGUUGAUCCAUAUUUGGAUCCUGCAGAUAAUAUGAUAGACAACUAUGAUAAUGUUGUGAGCGCUUCAAAUGAAGGAACUGCUAAAUUAGAAGAUUCUAUCUUUUUAGAAUCUGGUGAGGGUGCAGAUACCGCUGACAAGAAUUCCUUGGACAUGCAUACAGACACAGAUUUCAACUUUUACAGGGCAGAUGACAAAGGAACAGGCAGGGGUUCCGAGAUUGAAAUGAAUGAGCAGAUAACAUGUACAAAUUUCCCGUGUAGACUAAAUGUUAUUGUGUGCUGGACUGAGAAAAUGGUUGAACGUCGCAAUAGUGUCCUUCUUAGUUCAUUACCAGAAACCUACAAAUCUGGUUUCUUUUCAAGGAAACCACAGGAGUCUGUCUCUUUGUAUACAUGUCUCGAGGCAUUCCUCAAGGAAGAGCCCCUUGGGCCUGAAGACAUGUGGUACUGUCCUGUGUGCAAGAAGCAUUGUCAAGCCAGCAAAAAAUUAGAUCUGUGGAGAUUGCCUGAAAUCCUCAUCAUUCAUUUAAAGAGGUUCUCAUACAACAGGUUCUUAAAGAACAAAUUGGAGACUUAUGUUGACUUUCCAGUCCACGAUCUUGAUCUGUCGCCAUACAUUUCCUUCAAGAAUGGUGAUUCUUCUAACUGUUAUAUGCUUUAUGCAAUAAGUAACCAUUAUGGUAGCAUGGGAGGUGGUCACUAUACAGCAUUCAUUCAUCAUGGUGGCGACCGGUGGUUCGACUUCGAUGACAGCCACGUUUCUCCUAUUAGUGUGGACAAGAUUAAAUCUUCGGCGGCUUAUCUUCUUUUCUACAGAAGAGUUCAAGAUGUCUAACAUCAUAUUUUUGGUCGGUAAUUGUGGGGAAUAGAUUAUCUAUACAUAAUACAUUUUAGAUGGUCUUUCAGAUUUAUUUACAGGUAGCACCCGUCAGUCAGUGACAUGAGAGUUAUUAGGACAAUUUGGGGGAUAUGAAACAGAAAGCACCAGUACAAGUGCAAAAUUGGUGCACAUAGGAUUGUAACAUAGUAGUCAGAGGGAUUGAUAAGCAUAUCAUAGAUUAAUGUUGUUCUUUUACCUUAAGUUAUAUACUAUGUUGUUAGAGAUACAGAUUUUAAAAUUUGCUGUCGAUGUCCUUUUUUAGCUUGCAGUUAGCACAGUGGAGUUUUCACCUAGUCGUUUCGGUGGUAAUAGCGGUAUGGCACCAACUUUGGAUUCAUUGUAUCUCUUAACUUUGUAUGCAUGUUUUAUUUUUCUUAA